GUCUGAUUGGGAGUUCUGAUUGGCUUUUAACUAAACACAAGACUUCCGCAAACCCUGGCGACUGUGUUUACGUUUUACAACAGAGCUCCCUGGAUUUACCAAACUAAUACGACAACGAAGGCAACCAUUGACAAAGAGCAUAUUGGAUAAACAAAAUACAAGCCAGCAUGGCAUCUGACUCCCCACGCAGACCAAGUCGCUGCGCUGGAGGAGUUGUGGUGCGAGCUCAAGCUGCCACGGAGCAGUCCUACAUGGAAAGCGUGGUGACGUUCUUGCAAGAUGUCGUCCCGCAGGCAUACACUGGAGCGCCUCCGACUGACGAAAAGGAGAAAAUCAUUUGGGUGCGAUUUGAGAAAGCUGACAUCAAUGACACAGCCCGUAACCCUGUGUUCAAGGAGAUGCACAGUGGAACUACAGAGCCUCCUCUCUGCCUCAUGAUUGGCUACACUGAUGGGAUGCAGGUCUGGAGCAUAUCGUUGGCUGGGGAGGCCCAGGAGCUGUUCUCUGUCCGCCAUGGUCCAGUCCGGGCCGCCCGCAUCCUGCCAGCCCCUGAUAUCAGCCAUCUGAAGACAGACAGCUUUGCAGACAAGAGGCCCCUGCUGGGCGUUUGCAAGAGCACAGGCUCCUCCGGGACAAGCCCCCCAUACUGUUGUGCGGACCUUUAUUCUCUACGGAGCGGGGAGAUGGUGAAAUCUAUUCAGUUCAAGACGCCCAUCUAUGACUUGCACUGCAACAAACAGAUUCUUGUGGUAAGCCUACAAGAGAAGAUUGCAGCUUUUGACAGCUGCACUUUCACAAAGAGGUUCUUUGUCACAAGCUGCUUUCCCUGCCCGGGUCCAAAUCUUAAUCCUAUUGCUUUGGGAAGUCGCUGGCUAGCCUAUGCUGAGAAUAAGUUGAUCCGUUGUCAUCAGUCUCGUGGCGGUGCUUGCGGUGACAAUGCCCAGUCCUACACAGCCACCGUUAUUAACGCUGCCAAAACUCUAAAGACGGGCCUGACCAUGGUGGGCAAGGUGGUGACCCAGCUGGCCGGCACCGUCCCCGCCGGCGUCCCGGACGAAGAGGGCGUCCCACACAGCAGCGGGCGCCGCAGUCCCAACAACCCUGGGGUGGUCACCAUCAUCGACACGCUGAGCGUGGGCGAAGGCCAGGUCUUGGUGAGUGAGGACUCGGACGGAGAGGGGGCAGUGGCUCACUUCCCAGCUCAUGACAAACCCAUAUCCUGCAUGCAAUUCAACCCAACUGGCAUGCUGUUGGUUACGGCAGACACCCUGGGCCAUGACUUCCACGUCUUCCAGAUCCUCACGCACCCGCUGGCGUCCUCCCAGAGCGCCGUGCACCACCUCUACACGCUGCACCGCGGGGAGACGGAGGCCAAGGUCCAGGACAUGUGCUUCAGCCAGGACAGCCGCUGGGUGGCGGUCAGCACCCUGCGCGGGACCACCCACGUCUUCCCCCUCAACCCGUACGGCGGCGCCCCGUGCGCCCGCACGCACAUGUCCCCCCGCGUCGUCAACCGCAUGUCCCGCUUCCAGAAGAGCGCCGGCCUGGAGGAGAUUGAGCAGGAGCUCAACCGCAGCGCGGCCGCCGCCGGAGGAGCCGGAGGGGGGUGCGGCGGCGGUGGAGGAGCAGGAGCAGGAGGAGGAGGAGGAGGAGGAGGAGGAGGAGGGGGCUGUGUCCUGGGGAGUGGCGUGGGUGGACGCUGCAGCCCCAUACCUGGCCUCUCCAGCAGUCCGUCAGGCUCACCGCUACACGCCAAGCUAAGCAGCCAGGAGUCCUACAACAACUUCACUAACAACCACAUGGGGAACCCCCGGCUGUCCCCGCUGCCCAGCCUCACCAUGGUGCUCCCCCUGGCCCAGAUCAAGCAGCCCAUGACCCUGGGCACCAUCACCAAACGCACCGGACCCUACCUCUUUGGGGCGGGAUGCUUUGCCAUUAAAACUCCAUGCAAAGGCAAGCCGGCGGCACAGAUCUCACCCAGCAAGUCCAGCGGAGGGGAGUUCUUUGUUGCCACCGUCUUUGCCUCGUCGCGCUCCUGGUUCAUCACUAAUCCCACCAUGAAGAGGGAGAAAGACCAAUCCAGGCAGCCGGUGGUCGACUCGCUGUACAUCCUCAGUUGCUACGGCAACUUGGUGGAGCAUGUCCUGGAGCCUCGUCCAAUCAGCACCGCGCAGAAGAUCAGCGACGAGACGCCUCUGGAGCUGAACAGCUGUCCCAGGGCCUGCUGGACAUUGUGCAGGACCCCACAGUGGAACGAGCUGCAGCCCCCGUUCAACACCAGCCAUCCCCUGGUGCUGGCGUCCGACCUGGUGCAGUACUACCAGUAUCUCCUCGUCGGCCUGGUUCCGCCUGGCAGCCCAGGGCCUAUCGCACGCCACGAGUCCUACGACAGUCUGUCCUCAGAGCCCAGCGGGCCUGAGAACGAAGAGUGGCUCUCGCAGGUGGAGAUCGUGACCCAUACGGGUCCCCACCGACGCCUCUGGAUGGGGCCCCAGUUCCAGUUCAAAACCAUCCAGCCGUCGGGCCAGACCACCGUCAUCUCCUCGUCCUCCUCGGUGCUGCAGGCCCACGGCCCCGCCCACGUGCAGCAGCCCCUCCUGGACUUCGACACGGACGACCUGGAUGUGCACAGCCUCAGGAUCCAGCCAGUGCGUUCUGAGCCCAUGAGCAUGCCCGGCUCCUCAAGACUAGUGGCAGAACGUAGAACGCAGCCCAACCUCAUGGACGCUGGUUCAGGGGCCUUUGAGUGUCGCGGGGUGACCCUGCUCGAGGUGUGCGGCAGCUGGCCGGAGAGCUUCAGCGUCCCGCGCCACAUCAGCGGCUCGGUGGAGGCCAGCGACGACGGGCUCCGGGAGAGGCUGGCGGACGCCAUGUCUGAGUCGCCGUCCAGGGACAUCGUGGGCUCCGCCACAGAGCUGCAGCGGGAGGGCAGCAUCGAGACGCUCAGCAACAGCUCGGGCUCCACCAGCGGCAGCAUCCCGCGCAACUUCGAGGGCUACCGCUCUCCCCUGCCCACCAACGAGAGCCAGCCCCUCAGCCUGUUCCCGUCCGCCUUCCCCUAGAGGACGAGGCCCGCCCACCGAGUCCAUCCCGUCACCAGCUCCACCUGCUUGCUCUUCACCCCCCCCCCCCUCGUUGGGGACCGAACCAAACGACGAGAAGGAGGACAUUGCUUCGCGGGCGGAGAGGGUUGCAUGUGUUUGACUGACACAGUGUUUUAUAGGUGGUGGAGCCCUCUGUUACAAGCAUUUCUAAAGCACAGCUGUGUGUGUGUGUGUGUGUGUGUGUGUGUGUGUGUGUGUGUGUGUGUGUGUGUGUGUGUGUGUGUGUGUGUGUGUGUGUGUGUGUGUGUGUGUGUGUGUGUGUGUGUGUGUGUGUGUGUGCCCGUCACUGUUCUUCAUGUAGUGAGCUGGGGCGCACUAGUGUUCCGGUCUCCUGUUCCUGCUCAUGUCCCGGGCCACGUCGCGCUGUCUCUGUAUUAUAGCCCUGCCUACGUCUCCUACCUUUUAAUAGGAUGUUGGCUGUCUCCAGACCUCCACCACCCACACACACACAAGACACACACACACCAGCGUGAAGGGGAAGGAGUGGUUUAUUUGGGUAUCUGGUAUCUGUGCCGGUGUGCUUAUCUCAUGAAGGCAUUUGCAUACGUUGACAUCACUGCACACGCAGUGUGUGUCAGAAGUGAGUGACCACUCUUGGUGUGCGUGUGAGUAAGUGAGUGGGUGGGUGGGUGAAUGAGUGUGUGUGCGUGUGGUUAUGCUUGCUUUUGAGUGUGUGCGUGGGUGUGUUUUAUUUUCUCCUUUAUCACUGCUUGAAAUCUUUAAUUGUGUAUUUUUCUUAAAUCUUCUUAACCGCUUCAUGGUUUCAUAUGGACUUGCCUUUGUUUCUUUCUGAUUCGUCUCAUUUAAAGUGAAACAGACACUGUGGGGACACGUGACUGCUAACUCACUCUAUGUUGGAAUUUGGUUACAGACUACUCUAGAUCAACAUUCUGAUAUGCAUUCAUUAUGAAAAGCUUAUCCCAAGCCUCCUCAGACGUAUCUAUAGAUCCUCCCCUCAGAGUCCUUCUGCGGUAUUUGUGUAUACGUUAGUAACAUACAAAUUAAAAGGUUUCUCGAUGAUCAAAUCAUUUUCUCAUGCCUUGACUACUGUAUCUCUCUCACCCUAGCUUGUUCUCUAACCCUGUUAUGAGUGUCAAAUGUCUUUAUGAGAAUACAAUGAUUUGAUGCCAAUUACUCUAAUCAAUAUAUCUCAAAGGAGUGUGGAAGUUCCCAAAGUUUCCCGUGAUUAUAAUGAUGAGACUAUUUUUAUACUGAAGGUGGUUAAAUGCAACACAUACAUUCUUAUAUGAGAUGAGUUUAUUCCUAACAGAGGCUUGUAGGCUACACCUAUUGUCACUUCAUGUCUUGGAAACACAACUUAGCCAUUGGACAAUGGAACUUGGCAUGUAUUCAUCCUAAAUCAAGACACAUGCUUGUUAUUGACUGAAAUGUCUGAUUUGUAAAAUACUAUGAUCAUUUUCUGCCUCUUUCAUGCAAAUAAAUUUUAAGAAAUCAA